CAGUAUUUAAGGACUUUCUGGAGAGGCACAGUACCAAUGGAGUCCAGUCUUCUUCUUAGGUCACUGGAUAGCGUCAAUGUCUCGCAACCAUAUAGCAAGACACGAAGCACCACCAGGACUCUAAGUGUCUUCUACAGUAAUCUAAUGAAUAUGUCAGAGUGUUAUUUGUGUUAAAUUGGUUCCUUGGUUGGGCUGUUGGGAAUCGACGAUGUGUGUUGUCCCUAUGUUUUAUUUCAUGAGCUUCACCAAAUCAAAAUCCAUGCAAUUAAUACACUUAUGACAAUUAAGGGUUUGCUUCACUUUAAUGCCUCAGAAUGGUGAGCAGUUGGCUUACCUGGCGUGCACUGUGUGGAUGAACGCUCUUUCCAGUAAGACUGAAUUCUUAAAAAUGUGUAUUUUAUACUUGUACUUAUAACUUUUUUUGAAUGUAGGUCAGGAAACAACAGCUAACCAAUUGGCUUUUACAGUUAUGGAGCUUACGAGGCAACCAGAGAUAUUAGACAAACUCAGAGCUGAAGUUGAUGAAGUCAUUGGUUCUAAGAGGGAUGUUGAUAAUGAAGAUCUUUACAAAUUAACCUACAUGUCUCAAGUUUUAAAGGAAUCACUUAGAUUGUACCCGCCAGCCCCAGGGACAUCCCGAUGGAUUAAUGAAGAUUAUGUUAUCGAGGGAAUAAAAAUUCCAGGAAAAGUGUCUGUAAUGCUAAACACCUACAUCAUGGGAAGGAUGGAGAAGUUUUUCAAAGAUCCAAUGAAGUUUGACCCUGAACGAUUUCAUCCUGAUGCACCAAAGCCAUAUUUUUGUUAUUUCCCUUUUGCACUGGGUAAUCGCUCAUGCAUUGGACAAGUAUUCUCACAGAUGGAGGCAAAAACAGUAUUGACAAAGCUGCUUCAGAGGUAUGAAUUUAAACUGGUUCCUGGUCAAUCGUAUGACAUGAUGGACACGGGCACACUAAAGACAAAGGAUGGAGUCGUCUGCACAGUCUGGCCAAGAGAUGGAAAGCAAAUGAAAAAGAAUUUAAGUGCUGGAAAGUGAAAUGACAGCCAACCAUGUGCAGUGACCCAAUUCUGUAGUAAUCUGACUUAAUUAAUGUGAUUUAGUUAACUAUUACGCUUGUAAAGUCAGGAGGAGAAAACUGAAAUUCAAAUGUACUUCAGAAAUGAUACACUAACAAAAAAUUCUCAAACUCGUUUAAUCCAGUUCAGAGUCAAUCAAUCAAUCAACAUUUAUUUAUAUAGCACAUAUUCAUACAAAAAAAUGUAGCUCAAAGUACU